AUGGGCAGAAUAUAUAGUCGAAAGGGCGGCCUCGGAGGAGUCAGGGGGUGGCCUCCCCACCUGGUGCCGCGGCCAGGGAAGGGCUCGCGCCCAGCUCCCCCCGCCGCCACCCACCCUUCCGCCGCGUACUUCUUUCUACCCGCCAAGGCCGCCGCCGCCGCCGCCGCGUCAGAUCCGGAGGCCAUAGUGACCCGCGACCCCAAGCUCUCUGCCGCUGGAUCCGGCCGCCCCUGUCCUCUCUAUUUCCCUUAUCCCCUCUCUUUCUCUCCCAUCAAUUUCUAUAUCCCAAUCUCUCUUUCUGCAGGCAGCCCAAGACCUGAUCGAGGGCCAUUCACGGCGGAAGCUCGACUUGCAGAUCAUCAGCCUACAGCCUGUUCACCCACCGCCCGUGGAGUACCUCAAGAACUGGACACCGAGCUUGUAAUGGCGAACGGGCUACCUACCCUCUUCGGCCACAUCUGCCUGCUCGAGAUCCGCGGCCCAAGCGGCUCCACUGUCAAAGACGACUUCUCCGCUGCCGAGUCUAUUUUCUAUGGUGGUGUCGAGAUUCAUGAUAUACACAGGGAUAUGCGUCUCGACAUAGAAAACAGGUCUUAUGAGAUUAUAACUGUUGCAGACCUGAUGGGGUAUGUGCUGCAGCUGUGGCCAUGUCACCAGAUUCCCAGUGUUUAGCGCACCGUGCUGCAACCGAAGCAACGCUAUUUCUCCGGAUUAGGAUGGAUGUAAUAGCAUACGGUGGAGGCUUUCUUGGACCGGUGUUCGUAGGUAGCCACCUGUUGCGAUGUGAUGCCGGACGGAACGGUGCACAUGGGGAGAAGUCUGGCAUGUUGCCAUGGCGCUGGUGGACGGAAGAGGUCCUGAUGAUGUAGCAGCAUAAAGGGGACCUGGAGGUUUGGAGCUGAGUCUAGCCGGCCGGACGGACAUCCUUUGUCUUCUGCCGAUGAUGGAUGUUGCCUCCUGUAGGAUUGUGGUCAUGCGGUGGGUGUACAUUUUGUUGUACAUUCGGCUUCUACAUGUGAUUUAAACCGUGUGUUAAUUAUAUCUCUUUUCAAAACAAUUUUGUGUAUUUUCCAGUUUUGAUUAAAUUAUCUGUUGUUUAGUUACUGUCAGAUCGUUGUAAAAUAAAAUGGUAGCAUUAUGAAAA